GCCGGAGAGCCGCGCCCGCGCUGAGCGAGGCCGGGCCGAUGGGCGCUGCUGGCCGGGGCGCGGACCGGCGGGCGGCGUUACUCCUUCACCAUGGACCACCCCAGCCCAAACCCCUCCGGCCUCAUCAGUUCUUCACAAACUUAUUGAUUCGUUGUCUAAAAGGUUGUGGCGUUUUUCUCUCACCCCAGCUGUGUGGACAGAGCCACACGCCCUCUGAACAACAACGGCUCUUGCGUGCAUGUUCCAGUGUUUCUUCUGUCAGAGAGCCCAGCAGAGCUGCAGCUCCUCCCGUGCCAGCCCUGAGCUGAGCCAGGAGUGCCCAGCAGAAAUGGUGAAGAUGACAAGGUCCAAAACUUUCCAAGCGUAUCUGCCAAACUGCCACCGAACGUACAGUUGUGUCCACUGCAGGGCCCACCUGGCCAAUCACGAUGAGCUGAUCUCCAAGUCCUUUCAGGGAAGUCAGGGACGAGCCUACCUCUUCAACUCUGUGGUGAACGUGGGCUGCGGCCCUGCGGAGGAGCGGGUCCUUCUCACCGGCCUGCAUGCCGUGGCGGACAUCUACUGUGAGAACUGCAAGACCACACUCGGGUGGAAAUACGAACACGCCUUUGAGAGCAGUCAGAAAUAUAAGGAAGGAAAAUUUAUCAUUGAGCUUGCUCACAUGAUCAAAGACAAUGGUUGGGAGUAAAGUGAAAACUUCCUGUUCUCUUGAAUACGAUUUUGUGAAAGAGACGGUAAAAGUAAUGGAAACACAGGCACAUCUGAUGGCAGUGUUUCUUGAACUCGAGCCUCACAGGCGGCCUCUCCAGGCCAAUCCCCUGGGUAAGGCGUCCCUCCGAUCUGUGUCUUCUUCAAUAACACGGUUAUUUCUGAAAAGUUUCAAUGACCUUUUUCUAAUUUCUCAAGAUGUAGAGAAAGACCUAACCAACUGGUGACUUAUCCAUCCAGUUAACACCUUCUUUAACCAAUGCCUUUAAGAUAGUUUGGCUGUGCUUUCGUGUUUGAUAGAAAACCAGACCGAAGCCCCAAAGCCUACAGGGAGGUCUCUUCGGAGAGCCAGCUUCCCCUCGUUUGGAGAGAAGGUACGGUAACCACUUCUCCCCGAUUCGCGGAACAACACGGUUGGUUAUUCUUCUCGCAGAUGAGCCGUGAGGGCAGUGCUUACUUAGGACUCAGAAAUCUAUGAAUCUAUGCACCCAAGGGUGUUUUUUUAGCCUUGUUCACAAACAGGCCACCAGUGAUAACAUUUUAGAUAAGCUAUAAAUAGAGAAAUGUGUCUUACGGAACAUGUUGUUUAUUUAAGCCAGUAGCUUCCUUAUCUCA